GUCUUGGCGCGAGACUUCAGACUGGUCGGAACUGUUUAUGAGGGGAAAAAAGCUUAAAACCAACAUCAAACCCAUGGAAAACUCUUAAAUUUACAUACGACUCGUCACUGAGCCCGAUACCUGCAGAAUUAGCGUACCUACGGGUAAGUUAGCUCAUUUUUUCCAAUUUUUAAAACGACUUUAGAAGCUGUGCAUGGUGAAGCUGUUGUGAACUGAAGCAAAAUGUCUACUAGUUACAUUAUGAAUACUUCACAAAACAACAAUCAGCUCUGAAUGAAAUGUGUUUUUUUAAUGCUUAAACUAUUGUAAGUCGGUGUUCAAUCAAACAAAACCAGAACAGAGUAGAGAAUUUAAGGUCAGUCAAUGGGAUGUCUAACUCGGUGUUACAGUGUGUUUGAGCCUAAAUUAUUUUACGCCGGAAUAUCCCUUCAACAUAGACUUCACAUAAAGUUGUGCAGUGGUCCUCAACUGUCUGUCUUUCCACCACCUUAAGGCUGAACCUUCACCUAUAAGCAGGACUAUCUCACGAUGAAUUGUGAGCUUUUGGCAACAUGCAGUGCUCUGGGCUAUUUGGAGGGGGACACCUAUCACAAGGAAGCUGAUUGCUUAGGUGAGUGUUUAAUGACACUAUUACGUUUUUGUCUAAUGAUGAGUCAAUGAGUCGCCUGCAUUGCUAUUAUUCAACUUUAAACUGCUCUGUUCCUUUCUGUUACAGAAAGUGUGAAAGAUUUAAUCAGGUAUUUACGCCAUGAAGAUGACAGCCGCGAUGUCCGCCAGCAGCUGGGUGCUGCCCAGAUUGUGCAAAAUGACCUUCUACCCAUCAUCGUACAGCAUGGACAAGACAAGGCUUUAUUUGAUGCCUGUAUAAGGUAUAAAACAAGUUAAAUUUGCUGAACAAAAAGUGACUAAAGCUGCAUUCCUAAUUGCAAAAUCAUUUAUAUCUCAAUAUAGUAAUUCGCAAUUAACACAUAGCAAAAAUCUUAAUGCAAUGCUGUCAACUAGGAAUUUAUUUAUUGUAUACGGUCAUUGUCUUCUAACAUUAGCAUGCACAUCUUGUAGAUGGAGACAUGUUAUAGCUAUGCUUGUACUUCAUUUUAAUACACUGUGACAAAUGAAGCUUCAGCUUACCUCAGAUUUAGCGGUGAUAAAGUGGUGAUGAAGAAAUUGCUUUUUGGAUCUGGGAGUCAUAAAUCAUAAGAAGAAAUAUUAUUUUUUUACUGUAUAUAUGUGCAUAUAAACACACCACAUUUAUAUGUAUUCAUUUCCUGUUUUUUUUUUUUUUUUUUCAUAUUGAUUUUUUUUUUCCAAAUGUUGAAGUUGUAGAAGCAAUAUCAGUUUUCACCAAUCUCUUGCUGCCCUAGUUUGGACAAAUGGUCAGUAUAGAAAAGGGAUUCAAAUCUGGUAAUUUUUACAAAAACACAAAUUUUCAUAAUACCCAAUUGCAAUACUGGUUUCAAUCAUAUUAUAAUUCCACAGCUAAUUGAAGAAUAUAUACAAAUGUGUUUUUUUUUCAGUGUUCUGUUGAAUCUGUGUAGGAUGGAGGAAAGACUUGUUACUCAUACAGCCUUUUUUCUUUCAGGCUCAUGGUCAACCUCACCCAGCCUGCCAUGCUUUGCUUUGGGAAAGUCCCAGAUGACCCCGUCUUUAGGCAUCACUUUUUGCAAGUGACAUCUCAUUUACAAGCUUAUAAAGAGGUACUGUGUUGUUAGUAUGACUUCCUUUCUAUUUCCUUAAUUUUCUCUCACCUUCAUUAGGAAUUCUUUGUGUUUGUAAUCAUCUUUUGCUUUUCAUUAAGAGCAUUUUGGGUUUCUUGCUUUUGUUUAUAGGCCUUUGCCAGUGAGAGGGUGUUUGGCAUUUUGAGUGAAAUAUUAUACAACAUUUUACAACUGGUGAGUGUUAAACUGGUAAUUCUAAAUCAUUUUAAUUACCUGAUCUGUUUCAGACAUAUCUGUAAAAAUGAGUUUGAUGUUUAUGUGUCUCAGGACUGGGAGCAAAGGCAGGAGGAGGAUAACCUGCUAAUAGAAAGGAUCCUGCUGUUGGUCAGGAAUGUGCUUCAUGUACCCGCUGAUCCCUUGGAGGAAAAGGUCUAUACGUCUUGAUGAUAAAAUUAUCAGUGUCAAAUUUGUACUUAAGUAGACUCAUUACACCGACAGCAUUGUCCUUUGUGUUGUAUGUCUCGUGUAGAAAGUGGACGAUGAUGCCAGCAUCCAUGAUCGGUUGUUGUGGGCCAUUCACAUGAGUGGCUUUGAUGACCUGGUCAAGUUUCUGGCCUCAGCUCAGAGUGAGCAGCAGUGGAGUAUGCAUGUGUUGGAGGUCAUCUCUCUCAUGUUCAGAGACCAGGUUAGUAUGAGAAACCCCCUACAGGUAAACAAAUCAAUCUUCAGCAGAUACCUGUCUGAACUUUGUUGUUUUCUAUAAAGACACCUGAAGCUUUGGUGAGCGCAGGUCAUGCUCGUUCAGCAGAGGAGAAGCAGAGAGACUCCCAGGAACUGGAGGCUUUGAGGCAGAGGGAGCAUGCGGAGAAGCGUUCACGCACUUUACAGAGAGGGAACAGGUACAAUCACGCUGUCUUCUUCCAGAUCCAAAUUGUAUUUUCUGUCCAUCUUCACAUAAAUAUCUCAAAAAAAGAAGUUGGGGGAGAGUGCUUUUCAGACUGUAAAGGACUUAAUUCAUCUACUGAGAGUUUGUAUGUCCUUAAAUGACUUUUGUUCUUCAUUUUAGACACUCGCGAUUUGGAGGCUCCUUUGUUGUCCAAGGGCUCAAGGCGAUUGGGAACAAUGAUGUGAUUUAUCACAGAAAUCUUAAUAAUGUAAGUAGAUAACUUCUGAUAGCCUAUUUUUGGAGCCAAGAAAUAAUAGAGGACUUGUUUUGGUGAUUCUUAAAACUUUUAAAAAUAAAAAUCUCUUUUUCUUCUUUCCUUUUAUUCCAGUUCAAAAAUUUCUCUCCUGACGUGGGCAAAGCAGUAAGACGUGUACAAAAGAAGAAUCGGAGAGCUCAGGAGUGUGAAGACAAACGCCGGUCAGCCUUAAAUGUUCGACUCUUCCUGCGAGAGUUUUGUGUGGACUUCUUAGAGAACUGCUACAAUCACCUCAUGUACCUUGUCAAGGUCAGCUGUUGUAACUUUAUUGAAAAAUAUUUUAUGCACAGAGUUAUAUACAAAUAUCUCAGAGAAGAGAUGCUAUAAGCCACCAUGUUAUCUUAAACUUCUGUAGCUGUAGCUUAAACAGUAAAACUCUUGUAUUUGUUUAAAAGGGAAUGUCUGAGUUCUAAAAAUUACCCUAUUACUAAAUAUUCUUUUGGAAUACUCUUAAAUCUGUCUUUACUCCUCCACAGGAGAGCCUCAUACGGGAGCAAACCCAGCAACAUGAUGAGACAUACUAUCUCUGGGCACUUACCUUUUUUAUGGCUUUCAAUCGUGGCAAUGGUUUCCGUGCUGACUUAGUUUCUGAGACAGUGUCCAUUCGUGCUUUUCAUUUUAUUGAGCGCAACAUCACAAACUACUAUGAGAUGAUCCUCACGGAUCGCAAAGAGGCAACAUCCUGGUCCCGCAGGUAAGAAGAUUUUUUAGGAAGCAGGCUGAUAAAAAAAUCAAUGUGUUGGUCUCAGACUGAUGGUAUCUCUUGUUUGUCCCAGGAUGCACCUGGCACUGAAAGCAUACCAGGAACUGCUGCUGACUGUGAAUGAGAUGGACCAGUCCCAGGAUGAAAGCAUCCGACAGAGCUCCAACGUUGUUAAAAGUAAACUGUUAACAGCUCUUAUUCAGAAAGAUUAUUACUUUAAUUUAGGAUGUUUAAAGUAUAGCGUUUCAGGCAUCAUGAUGGAAAAGCUCGUAGGGUUUAUGAAUAUAUUACUAAGUCAAACAGUUUUUAUGUGUCUGUUCACCUUGUUCCUUCAUCUGUAUCCCUUUUCUUUCUAGGUAACAUAUUUUACCUAAUGGAGUACAGGGAGAUAUUUCUGACACUGCUGAGGAAGUACGAUGAAACCAAACAACCUCACUCCUAUCUCAGAGAUUUAGUGGAGUCAACUCAUCUCUUCUUGCGCAUGCUGGAGCGCUUCUGCAAAGGCCGCAAAAACUUAAUGGUUCAGGUGAGAUCUCGUUCUCGAUUUCUGGGGACACUUUUUGUCAGUGUCGCCUUCUGAGAGUAAUGACAUUUGUCUCUCUAAAUUCUGUAGAAAAAGAAGGUUCGACGGAAAAAGGCUCGUGGUAAAAAUAAGCCACCAGCUGCAGACACGAGUCCAGAGGCCCUUGAAGAGACCUGGAAGAUUGUGGAGGAAGAGCUGAGGUCAACUUCUUUUCAGGUCGGUUAGAAAGUCACUCAAGCAGAGAGCCUUAUUUUUUAAUUCCAGGUUUUUUACAAAAAGCAAUCAACUAUAAAGUUUUAAGACAAGAAAACUCUGCACCUGCACUGAAUUUCCGUUCUUUCUGCUUUCAGCUGUCUGAGUCUCUAACUGAAAACAUCGUGCCAUUUGAUGCUGCAUCAGAAACUCCACUUGAGGAGCAGCGGACAGAGGCCAUGGUGCGGGUGCAGGAUGCCCUGCUGGCUCGCCUGGGACCAGAGGCUCUUGGACUGCUUCGUGCUGCAAGGUUGACCAGACUCAUCUGUCAACCACUGUGGCAAAUGUAUCAAAUAUGGAUGAUAUUAAAUAGUGGUAGUUCGAAUUUGUUUAUCUUCUUUUGCUACUUAGGGAGGUGUGGCCAGAGGGAGAUGUGUUUGGUUCAGCGGAUGUCGAACCUGAAGAGGAACUAGAGCUUCUGAAGCAAAUUCUUCAUGCUAACCUGCCAAGUAUGUGUUUUAAAAUGUCUAUUUAUGAUCUUUUUGUCAUGACAUCUGUGCAGUUUUCCAACUUUGACUUUUCAUUUGAGGGUCCUCUCCCCCUGAGCCUGUGGAAGAUGAAGAUGAUGAUGGAGCAGAGUUAGAGGAAGAAGAGCUGGCAACUAUCCAGAUAUCUGAAAAAGAGUUCAACUUUCUAGACUUUAUCAAGAGGUAAGGAAAAAAAGAUAGGGAGACUUCAGUAUAAAAUAAUGCAUAACACCUGCAUGCGAAGUAUGACCUUGUCUUACCCCUCACAGGUUUGCUAGCUCCAACAUUGUACGUCCAUACUUCCUGUUGUUAAAAACCUACUCGAAAAACUCACCGCACACAAACCACUGCAUCGUUCGGAUGCUGCAUCGCUUGGCUGUCGACCUGAAAAUGGACGCCCUGCUUUUCCAGCUGUCAGUCUUCAACCUUUUCAACAAGAUCCUCAGUGACCCUGCUGCAGCUGCCUACAAGGUGCAGUGUUGAUUAAAGAUACUUAGAUCAAAUAAGGUCAGACAAAAGGGCUAAAUUUUGUUUCCGAAUUUGCAGGAGCUGGUUACCUUUGCCAAGUUUGUGCUGAGCAGGUUCUUUUCACUAGCAAAAAAGAACAACAAGGCAUAUGUUGAACUUCUAUUCUGGAAAAAUGUGGGCGCUGUACAAGAGAUGACAGAGGGCUACACCAAAGAGGGGUUUGUACUGGUGUCUACGUAUUUACCACUUUUUCAGUUUUCUUGAAUGCACAUGUGUAAAAGUUCAAGGCAUUGUUAAAAUUUGCACAAAAAUGGGUUUGAGUCAUUGUUUUAAAAUAUGUCAGAAAGGGAAAGAAACCAGCAUGGACUGAAGAGGAGGAGGAGGAAUUGCGUAAACUCUAUGAGGAGCAUCGUCACUCUGAUGGUCUGUUUUUUGGUUCUGUUAUUUUGGUUCUACACGAUGCAAAUACUCCUCUGAUCAUCACUUUUACAUUGUUCUAACGACUGUUGAUUUUGUGUUUAGAUCCAGAUAUCGUGGAAACUCUGCUGCCGUUGCUUAGCAACACCAACCGGACUCGGCGCCAGGUAGUGACACAGCUAGUCCACAUGGGUCUGGUGGACACAGCUAAAGAUCUGAGCAAACCGAAGUAUGUACUCAUGGCAGUGUACAACAUAUAAAAUGCAAUUGUUUAGAUAAACCUACUGCAGAAUGAGUUUACUUUGUCAAUUGAAGUAAAGAAAGACUUCUCUUUCCAUUGACAACAGGAAAGGCACUCAGAUAGUUCUCUGGACUGAGGACCAGGAAGAGGAGCUGCAGAUGCUCUUUGAAGAGUACAAAGACUCUGACGGUCAGAACACCAUAAAACUAUUGUGUAUCCCCACUACCCUAUUCCUUGUUGAUCAAGACCACUUAAUAAUUUUGUGUAAUAACUAUUUGGUAAUACUUAAAUAGAUGUGCUGGGUAACAUCCUGAAGAAGCUAACUGCUAAAAGGUCCCGGGCACGAGUGGUGGACAAGCUGCUCAGUCUGGGUUUGGUGUCUGAGAGACGAGAACUUUACAAGAAGAGGAGUCGGGGUGCUCAGAGAAAGAGCUCUGGAAAAGGAAUGGUAAAGUUAAUUCAUAUUUACUUUUAUUAUUAAUUACCUGUGUCUUUUAGAGUAGAUUUUAAGGUUCUUUUAUUAGUUUUUAAAGCGCUUAAUGGUCUUGGUCCUUCUUAUUUGUCUGAUUUGCUUUUACCGUAUGAGCCUAGUAGAGCCCUCGGGUCUUCAAGUGGUGGUCUUUUAAUUGUUCCUAAAGUAAAAACUAAAACACAGUGAAUCAGCAUUCCUAUAUUACGGUCCCCAUCUGUGGAACAGCCUACCUGCAGACCUAAGAGCGACACCUACUGUUCAUAUUUUUCAAAGUAAACUAAAGACCGACCUUUUUAGUCUGGCUUUUUGUUGAAUUUUGUUUUCAUCUUUUAAUCUGCAUUAUGGGAUUUUACCCUAUUUAAGUCCUAGAGUAAUUAUUUUGUGUUUUAUUACCUCUUUUACUCUCUUUUAUUGUUUGAUUUUAAGACUUCUAUUAAAUUAACUUUUAACGCUUUAUCACUUUUAUUAUAUUUUAUCAUGGUUUUAUCGUUUUAGUCCGAGAUUCAGUGUUUCCUCAUCUUUUUAACUCAAGAUAGUGUUUCCUCAGUCAUCUGUAGCAAGUUAAAGUGUCCUGGGUUUUUUUUGUAUACAUCUGUGUGUGAGUGCUGUAUGUGUUGAAUGGGGUUUGGGUUGGUGGGUGGGGUUUGGUAUUUGUAUUUGUAUUUAUUUUAAUUAUUUUUUAAUAUCCUGCGAAUGGACAGCACUUUGUGCUACAUUCAAUGUAUGAAAAGUGCUUUCAAAAUAAAGUUUGAUUGAUUGAUUUAUUGAUCUUUUACAAUACCUGUUAGCUUAACCCUGUUUUCAGGAGUUGGGAUGCUGUGUGAAAUGUAAAAUGCAAAGGAAUAUGAUGAUUUGAAAUAUAUUCAAGCUCCAUUUAUAAUUGACUUAUCCACAUAACAUAAUGAAACUGAAUUUUUCUUUGAUUACUAGAAAAGUUCUUUAAAAAAAAUUAACAUUACUUCUCUAUUUGCAGUUUACACAGCAUCAGAAGCGUUGUAUAUAGGAAGAUGUUUCUACAAUAUUUUGUGAUUUUCUUCUGUAGACUGAAGAGGAUUUCCUUGAGAGUCUAACACAGGGAUUCCCAAAUGAUUCUGUGGACGAAGUUGAUGAAGAUGGUAGAGAGGAUGAGUCUGAUGAAAACGAGGAAGAGGAAGAUGAUGAUGAGGAGGAAGCGAGAGAAAACUCUCAAAAUGGUAGAAGGAGGAGCCAAAGCCUGGACUCUCCAGGAGAGAGGAGAGCUGAUGUCAGUACCAUGGUUUGGGCUCUACACCAGGAGGGUAAGGAGGUCAAACUGUGCUCUUUGUGUUUUUUGUAGUUUUUAUUUUUAUUUUUUAAGAUAAGAUCAGAGAAAUUACAUUGCUGAAGUAGGUCUUUGUUUAACAAAUAUGUCUUCAAUACUACAUGAAAUAAUAUAGAUACUUCUGUAGGAUUAAUGAUGUUGUUUUUUUAUAACAGGCUUGUCUGGACCCUUGUUGUGGCUUCAAAGGUGUCUAAACAAAACGGCCGAUGACCGUGACACCGAUGGUGAGCGAGAAUUGAAGUUUUUGCAGUUCUGUAGGAAGUGAUUUGAGCUCUCAGACAUGUCAGUUUGUACAAAGAACACAGAGGUUUUGUCAGCGAAACUAAUUGUCCAUUCAACAGGGUUUUCUCUGGCUGUGCCGCUCGUUCCUCUGACUGAGGAAAAUGAAGAAGCCAUGGAAAACACGAGCUUCAAGAGGCUGUUGCGCAAACUGGGAAUGCGAGCACCUGCAAAUGAACAGGUUUGUUCCCCCUCAUGUUAGCUGCAUGCAUUGUCUAUUAAAGUUGGCUCAAGUUUCUCUCUAAUUUUUGAUAAAGUUCAAGAAUAAAUGUUGCAAAUAUGGCACAAAUAUCAUACCAACCACUGACAGAAAAGAGUAAUGUACUGGCUUUUUUAGUAUUAUACUUUACCCUCAGCAACCCUGAGAUGAAUUCUAUUUGUACUUUUGUUAAUUCAACUAUCUAUUUAUUGCAGUCUAUCUGAAAGGACAAUAUCAUUUGUUAUUUUGGUUGCAAAAAUAUGGUUGAUUAAAAACACAGAAUUGUAAAAAAUAAUUGAUAUGAAUUGAAAUAUGCAAUAACUUGAAAUAUUUUUCAUGGUUCUGUAAUCAGGAGCGCUUUUGGAGGAUCUCAGAAAAAAUAAGUGUGUCCCAGCUUCGAAGUGCAGCAUCAGCUCUUAGUCCAAGAGACGAGGAACCCCAAACAGCUGAGGUGCAAAAUAGUUCUGAAAAUCCAACCAAAGACACUCCAGAGAAGCCGAUGGAGGAGGAAAAGGAGGUCUCAAGUGAAGGUAGAGCUCAGGCUUUGAGGGCUCUGCUGCUCACACGCAAGAAGAAACACCACUCCUCUGAGCAGACAGGUAUGUGUACAAGUUUCCGGUUCUUGUCUCAAAUGACAGCUGUUAAUUACAGCUGUCUCUUUUACGUUUCAAGUGACAUGGUUCACUAAACCAGCCACAGAAAGCCUGCUGUGGCCAAACUACCAAGAAUCUAUGUUUGUGCUUCAGUUUCCUGGGAUUAUAGCAGAAAUCCAUAAACACAACAAUUUCUCAUAUGAUAUUAUAGACAUCAUAUUGGAAAAGCAGCACUAUUAUUUUGUGUAUCAAAAUGUCCAGCAGAAAUGAGACUGAAAAACAAUAACAUACACAACCACAAGUCUAAAGCUGGAAAGUGAAAAGCAAUCAAAUGAUAUUUGUUUGACAAAAAUAGAAAGCUUGGAAGCCACUUCAGGACCCACUGAAAAUGAUCAAAAAAAAUAGCCACUGUGAAAGGUGUUACUAAAACUAUCCUGGUUGAUGGUUUACAUUUACUUCUAAUCAAAGAGGGCUGAGGAUUUUUUAUGAUUUUGCUAACAUUAUAACCGCAUGUUGUCGUUUUUGGCUCCUGUUCCAGAAUCCACUCCGGCUGAGGAUACAGAAAGUACUCCUGCGAGGUGGGGGACUGUUGGAUGUUUUCGUUUACCCAAUACCCAGCAGAGAAAAGUCUGUUUUUGAGUCUAAAUACUUUUAGUGUUUAAUCUGUUUGUGUACCCAUCAGAUCCAAGAAGACCUCAGGGAAAAGAAGCCGGGUUCUGAACGAUGAUGAUGAUGACGACGAUGAUGAUGAUGACGGUGAAAAUAACGGUAAAUGGCUUUUGUUCUGCAUCAGUAUUAAAAUGAAUAUAAUAUUGCCAGAACCACUGAAAGACUGAAAUUUAACAUUUGAGGUUUGGUUAUGACCCACUCUUAACAUCAUAUCCAAAGACCAGUCAUGAAACCACAACAGUAGUUGUGUCUCAUCAUGAGUUAUCUGUGUCAUCACUCUCACACAUUGCUGUCUUUACAGAUAAGGACUCCACUGUUGCAAUGCAUGUGGAUCCCAACGGGGAUGUAGAUUCAGACGAAGAGGAUGUCUCUGCUCCUGUGAAGCGCAGACGUAGGAUGGUCUUAAUUGCUGAAGAUGAAGACGAGGAUUAGCGGAUUUCUUUAAUGGAUUGAAAGCUGCAGGCAGGGGACACAUGAAAGGUGGAUGCUGCCCCUUGGAGGAAACUCAUUAAAUGGACCACCGAACAAUAGAACAAAAUAGACCCUCUGAGCUGCCCCUGUGGGUAACCUUACUUAGCAAUAUCCUUUCGACAGCUUUUCAGUAGUUGAAUUGUUUCAUGUAGUUCUGGUAAUUCUUGUUUUUGUUUUUUAAUCACCAGCACACAAUUGACAGCACACAGUUGCUGCUGUUUUAAAAAGUACAAACUUGCAUCCUCACUUGUUCUGAGAGUUGUUGAUUAAUUGUGACACUGGUUUAUGAAAACUAUAUCCAUACAGCAUAUGUUUCCUUUCCAAAUUCCUGGUCUGUUUCUUAAGUAGCCACGUUAAGCUACAUAAAACUUUGUCAAAUAAAUAAAAACUCAGUCAAAAUAUGCA